CCAGCUUGAAGGUGAAAUUUCUGACCGGCGGCUCAACCGACAACCGCUAGUUUUGCUUUGUGCUGCAGCGUGUGGCUCUCGCGUCGUUUUUUAAUUUAAAAAACACAGAUAUCUUCUCAGCUCAGCAUGUCGUCGAUAUUCAGUGAGGUUCCUCAAGCCGUUCCUGUCGCCGUUUUUAAACUGACGGCGGAUUUCCGUGAAGACCCGAGUCCUGCCAAGGUGAACCUCGGAGUGGGAGCAUACAGGACAGAUGACAGUCAGCCAUGGGUGCUGCCUGUGGUGAGGAAGGUGGAGAAGCUAAUUGCUGAGAAUGACAGUCUAAACCAUGAGUACCUGCCCAUCCUAGGCCUACCUGAGUUUCGUUCUAGUGCAUCAAAGAUUGCUUUGGGUGAGGACAGUCCUGCCAUUCUGGAGAAGAGGGUAGGAGCUGUUCAAUGUCUAGGAGGAACUGGUGCUUUGAAGAUCGGUGCUGAGUUUCUGCGCAGAUUUCACAACGGAAACAAUAACACAAAAACACCUGUUUAUGUCUCUGCGCCCACAUGGGAAAACCACAAUGCUGUUUUUGCUAAUGCUGGGUUUGAGGAUAUUCGCUCAUACAAAUAUUGGGAUGCAGAGAAGCGUGGACUGAACAUUUCUGGUUUCCUGGCUGAUUUAGAGAGUGCACCUGAACACUCUAUCUUUGUGCUACAUGCCUGCGCCCAUAACCCCACAGGCACAGAUCCCAACCAAGAUGAGUGGAAGAAGAUUGCUGAAGUCAUGAAGAGGAGGAGUCUCUUUGCCUUCUUCGACUCCGCAUAUCAAGGCUUUGCCUCUGGAAAUUUAGAGAGGGAUGCUUGGGCAGUUCGUUAUUUCGUGUCUCAGGGUUUUGAAAUGUUUUGUGCCCAGUCUUUCUCCAAGAACUUUGGCCUGUACAAUGAGAGGGUGGGCAACCUGACAAUUGUUGCUAAAGAUGCAGACAACCUGAGUCGCGUUCUCUCUCAAAUGGAGAAGAUCGUCCGUAUCACCUGGUCCAAUCCUCCAUCACAGGGAGCUCGUGUGGUUGGGAUAACGCUCAACACCCCAGAGCUCUUUGCUGAGUGGAAGGGUAACGUUAAGACGAUGGCUGACAGGGUUUUGCUGAUGCGUGCUGAAUUGAAGGCCAAACUGCUGGCUCUCGGGACCCCAGGCACCUGGGAGCACAUCACUCAGCAAAUUGGCAUGUUCAGCUUCACAGGCCUUAACCCCAAGCAAGUGGAGUACCUGGUGAAGGAGAAGCACGUCUAUUUGAUGGCCAGUGGCCGCAUCAACAUGUGUGGCCUGACCACUAAGAAUAUUGACUACGUUGCUGAGUCCAUUCAUGAAGCCGUCACCAGAAUCCAGUAACCUUAUUUCUUGUGCCGUCUUUCCAUUUUGGUGUGAUAAAAAGGGCAUUAUUAAUGUGAUGUCCUCUCACACUCGUAACCCCCUCCGUUCACCACUUAUUUUCUCCUAAUUCAUCUGUGUGCAGCACUCCAGCAUCUUUUGCUGGCACUAUGAUCAAAUAUUAACUGUAAAUCAAAUUAGCAUUCAAGGUCCAAUAGUUGUACAAAGAUAUUUGUCUUGUGUGGUGUUUGUCUCGCUUGGACUCAUCGUCUCGUCCCCUUGUAGUGGUACACCAUGGAGUUUCAUGGCGUUACCUAAAGAAGCACUUUCUCAUGUAAUUAUAGAGUGAUGAAUCGAUAUGACAAAGUUGUGAAUAAACGGACAUUAAUA